AUGAAGGCCAUAAUCUGGAACGGCACAGCUCCCGAACUCGUUACCGACCGCCCCCACCCUCGUCUUCGCCCAGAUUAUCUCCUGAUCUCGACUAUCGCGGUGGCUCUCAACCCUACUGACGUCAAGGCGAUUUCUCAAUCCCGCGCCGCACGCAAUGGACUCUUAGGAUGCGACUUCUCUGGCGUCGUUCUCGAAACCGGAUCUGCCGUGGUGAAACCGUUCAAAAAGGGUGAUCGGGUCUUUGGAUUCGCGCAUGGUGCGAAUUUCAAUGAAGCGGAGGAUGGGGCGUGGGCGGAGGUGAUUGCGGCCAAGGGUGACUGCUGUAUGAAGAUACCGGAGACGUGGAGCUUUGAGGAGGCGGCAACGGUGGGCGCCAGCUCGAUCACCUGUGGACAGGGCUUGUUUCAGGAGAUGAAGCUGAGGUUGCCAAGCGUGGACGGCGAUGUUGUCGAAGCAGGAAAGGAUAAGGAGUAUAUUUUGAUCUACGGCGGGAGUUCGUCGGCGGGGACGUUGGCGAUCCAGUAUUGCAGACUAGCUGGUUAUACUGUCCUGACAACCUGCUCGCCUCGCAACUUUGACCUCUGCAAAUCCCGCGGCGCUGAGGCCGUGUUCGACUACACCGAUCAGACCUGUGGCGAACAGAUCCGCGAGUACACCAAGGGUCAGUUGAAGCUAAUCUGGGACACGAUCGGCUCCGCCGACGGCGUCAAGAUCUGUAUGACGGCUCUUUCUACCGACCCGGGCGCAGACAAGAAGUACGGCACGAUUCUCUUCAACGACAUUCCGCGGAAGGACGUGAAGCACAGUUUCAGUGUACUGGUGACGUUUGCGGGCGAGGCUUUUGACAAGUUCGGGAAGCAUUAUCCGGCAAGUCGGGGCCAGUUCGAGUUCGCGAAGAUGUUCACAGGGCUCACGGAGGUUUUGGCGGCGCAGGGAAAGUUGCAAGCGCACCCUGUGAGGCUCAUCGGCAAAGGCCUGCUGGGUAUGUUGGAAGAAGGUGUGCCGCUUGGGAACGAAGGGAAAGUAAGCGGGUUCAAGAUAGUGGCCAGACUGGCAGAGACGCCGUGA